UUUAACUCGGUCCUGUCAGUCAUGCAAUCAAUGAUUCCAAAGCGUGAAAUCGGUGCUCUUGAUUUCAUUGAAAGGAACUCUGAAUAUGAUGGAAGGGGUGUAGUUAUCGCCAUUUGGGAUACUGGUGUAGAUCCAACUGCCAGAGGACUUCAGGUUACAUCGCAUGGCUUGCCAAAAGUCAUCGAUUUCAUUGACGCGAGUGGGUCAGGUGAUGUGAAAAUGCUCAAGUCAUUCAAGAUAUCCGAUACCGCUCGAAGGAUUACUACACUGACUGGUCGCGUUGUUUCUAUUCCGAAAACCUGGCAACCCGUCGAUGGCAUAGUCCGCGUUGGCGUAAAGUCGGCCGCCGAACUCUUCCCCGGCGCGCUGCUCGACCAACUCCGCUCGGAGACCAUCGACUACCGCUGGUGCCCCACGAUGCAAAAGUUGUCGGCCCUUUUGAAAGAAGCCAACACCUCAAGCGCCAAUUCGCCAGUUGAUGUGGGGGCCUCAAGUGACGUUGUUCCAAAUGCGGUUGAUGAGAACCAGGCCAACGGCGGAGAAGCACCGUCUGCCGCCACAGCCGCCGACGAUGCGUCGUCCAGUGGAACCCCAACCUCAAGCUCCUCUCCCGGGAAGGUCAGCAAACACGCGGAGGUCGACGCUCCACCGAAUUUCAAGACUCUGCAGGAGUGGCUUGCCUCGCUUCCUAACGGACCUAAACAAUCCUCUAUCAAGUCGAUGGAGCGCAUUUUGGCCACACUGAACGACCUGACCGAGUACUUUGCGCCGGUUUUCGACUGUUUCGUGUUCAAGGGCGCCGAUGGUGAUUUUGUUGCCUGUGUGGAUACGAGUCCCUAUGAAGAAAAACCAACCACCUUGGAGGAUAUGCCGCUAAUGAAGGACUUCACUAUUGACAGGCAAAUUGGCCAGCUGGGCAGUGGCACCCUCCUGUACUUCACGGUCAAAAUCCUGGAGGACGGCAAUCUGCUGCAAAUCGUGACCAACUCCGGCUCCCACGGGACCCAUGUGGCGGCGAUCGCGGCAGCGUGCUUCCCCCCGCUGGGCCGCACCGACGCCGCCGCCGCCGACCACCCCAACAUCGACGGGGGCAACCAAAACGGUGUCGCGCCGGGCGCGCAGAUCGUCAGCAUCAAGAUCGGCGACACUCAUCUUGCCUCCAUGGAGACUAACGUCGCGCUCCUGCGUGCUGUAUGCGUCCUCUUCACAUUGUUGUCUUUUUCCAUUAACUGGACGGUUAAAUUGAAGUGUGAUGUCGUUAAUUACAGUUUCGGGGAGAAGGCCUUUCUGCCGCAUUUUGGGCGCGUCUACAAUCACUUGACCCAGUUUGUGAUGCAGACCAACGUGGCUUUCGUCACCUCAGGGGGGAACAACGGACCGUCAUUGGGCACUGUCGGUUCCCCAGGUGGCUCCGUUGAUGGUCUAAUAGGUGUUGCUCCUUUGCUCUUUCCAAAUAUGAUGGAAUACAUGUACUGCCAACCCACGUGGAACAAACAAAAAACGGACGACAAUGUAAGUUAUUUAUGCAUAAUCAUCGAUGUCUCUCAAUAUUCCUCCGCCUCACUAACCAGACACACUGUUUUCCAGACUUCGUCCCCCAAGGUGUCUGGCUCCACCGCACCACCUACUACUCCACUGCCGUCUGCCUACACCUGGGGAUCACGUGGCCCUUGUCCCGACGGCUCCUUGGGACUGACUGUCGCGGCUUGUGGAGCCGCCGUGGCCGACGUGGCCGCUUGGAAGUGCAGCGCUUUCGACCUACUCAACGGCAGCUCAAUGAGCAGUCCGUCCGUGGCCGGCGGCGUAGCCCUGGUGUUGUCGGCACUGCGUAAAGCCGAGUCCGAACCGUGUCUGCGUGUGCCAUUCAUCCUCUGGCGUGCCGCUAUCUUCGCGUGCGCCAAACCCCUGCUCCACCUCUCGCCGUUGGAUCAGGGCGGCGGUGUGUUCCAAGUUGGGCCGACUUUCGACUACCUCAGCGCUGUCAUCCGCUGCCCUCCAUCUACGGCACCCGACCCAAUGCAGGACUUGAAAACUUGCGUUAAUCAAAUUAAGUCGCCGUCGUCAACGACGGAGGCUUCGGCCUCCCAAGCCACUAAUUUACAUCGACUUUCUGGUUGGAGGUUGUGUACCUACGUGACUGGACCCAAUUGCAUCGCCGAUAACACCAAGCACCUCCACACUCGAGGGAUUUGGCUUCGCAGUGGCUGGCCUUCUCGCUGUCGCGACGCUCACAAACCCCUUCCCAAAAUAUCCUUCACGCUCCAUCUGGAGCCUCGUUUUUGCCAGGGUGUUCCGGUCGAAUUCAAACGCAACUUCAGCAUAAACCUCAGCGUGCAGGUGGGCUAUGAUCCGCCGAACGAGAAAAGACCAGACUGGCUCUCCAUCGCACCCUACGUGAUGCUGGCGAACCGUGCUCGUACAAUUCCCCUUUUAAUCGAUCCAGAGGCCUUCGGAAAAGCCCCCACCGAUGCCGCGGAGUUGAAUCCUCCGUCCCAGGUGCAUCACACGUCUGUCGUCUUCGUCAAUGCCGACUCACCCCAAAAAGAGAUUCUUGCGCUGCUACCAAUCACAAUCCAACUUCCGGGGAUAUCUCGCUUUGAUGAAGACAACGGCGUCCAUCGCUUCGGCCUGCGUGGAGAAUUCACCCACACCCAGAAGGUCUGUCGGUGGUUUGUACGAAUUCCUCAAGGCUCCAGCGCUGGUGUUCUGUACGUACGACGCUCCGACGAGGAUUGUGGCACUCCCUGUCCCUUCACCAUCUCCAUCGUCCAACCAGCUCCCCUGGGCAGCGUCCAGGGCACCGGUCACGAGGUGGUCCACCGCCGUGUCAACCUCUUCUCUCUCACCUCGAGCGGCGUGGAAGUGACAACGCGCAGCGCCAACUACGACCACGAGUCGGGCUACUUUGUCUUCCCGUUUGUGGUUUUUUGGAUCUCGGACACCGUCGAGGUGACGAUCGCUCAACACCACGGAGCCGAUGUGCCGUCCAGGUGCUUAAUUAGUGGACACGUUGACUUCCAUGGCCUGGAGAUUCAGCCGUCAACCAUCUCCUUUCACUCGUGUCAGUCCUACUUCAACGCCUACCUUCGCUCGAACUUCGGCCUGGAGGGCACCAAGUGGGAGGUCGAGUCGACGGGCUGGAUCUUGCCAGUUAAGCCCACUUCAUCCAACCGUACGUACCUCAAGUUGGCCGGAUAUGAAGACGAUUCCCCUGGACAGCCGGGUGUUCACGUCCUCCACCUCGAGUACAACUUUUCUUGUCCCUUCAAGACGGACAAGGCCGUCUUCGACUUCAGGCGCCUUACUUCCCUGCUUUACGAGGCGGACAUCGUCCAGGUCGUCUACCACGUCUACGAUGGAUGUGGUCACUACAAGGGCGCUGGAUCGUACCAAUCCAUGACGAGCCCCAAGUACCGCUUCAAAUUAAUCAAGGGACCCUACAAGCUCGUGGCAAUGGUGUUGUACGCGGACAGUAAAAAGAUCGCCUACGAGGCCAAGGAGAGUGACGCAUUGGACAAGCUGCGCGGCUACCCGAUGCUCGUUCGAUUCCCAUUGGACAAGGCCAGCCAAUCAGCAGCACCCAGCGGCGGUGGACAGAAUAGCAGUGUCCGACCUCAGCUCACCCUCGAAGUCUCCACCAGCCUCGCGACCCUCGGUCUGGCCGAAGUCGACUACGAAAAGAGUUACCGUCUCAUUAGCGGUGCUCAGUUGGAGAGGGAUGAGGUGGCCGAAAAUCCCGGUAAGAGGGGCAGCCCCAAGAGGGACCUCCUCUUCGGCAGCCUCCAGAAGUUCCCCACCGUGCCCGGUCACCUGUCUGCUGGUGCCUCGAUCUCCGUGGUUUUCGGUGUGGUCGAAGAAAAGUACGUUGUUGAGAUACCUUUUUUUGUCUACCGUUUCGCUGGCUACGCUGUGCCUGGGUCGUAUUUCGAGGGAAACAUACACUUCUACGGCAACAGGAAUCUCCAAAACACGGCGGUAGUUCCGUUUGAGGUGCACGUGGGGCCGAAUAAUGCGCCCACAGCCGUCCCACCUCCGUCACCGAAGCCCACUCCCGUUCGGGGCAUUUUCGGUCUGCUUGCCAGCGACUUGCGCAGUCUUCGGUGGGUCAUUGACGCGCAUUUCGGCGCGCCGACCUCCUCCGCCAUCGCCAAUUGGGUGCCCCCUUGCCUCUCUCCAUCAUCCACCACCGCCGCCGCAGCAGCGGCAGGUUCUUCCGACGGCAAGUCAGCGUCAGUUAAGGAGCGCAAAAAGAAGCCCAAAUGCGCCCUCCACCAGAAACCAAGUGAUAAUGCCGAUAACAACGACAACGCAGACACGAAGACGUCAACAGCGGUGACGCCGUGCACGUGCAUGUCAAGCCACGUCAGUGCGCUAGUAGAUGCCGAUGACUCGACCAACGCGGAUCGCGAAGCCGUCUGGAACAGCGUCAGGGUCGCGAUGCGGAGCCUAGUGGACGCGGCCACCAGUCACAAGUCCCCAGCAAAAAGCGACCCGCUCGCAUUUCUACUGUCUACUCCCUACGACGGCGGUGACGUCGACGACGGACUCGGCGACGUGCCACUCCUCAAUGCCAAAGUGCCAACCCCAAAUGAAGGGGAUUUGGAGUCUACCUCAGAGGACGUCACGAACAUGGAAUCUCCGCCACCCUCUACUCCGGCGGUCGAAAGCGCCACAAAGACACCAGAAGACACCUUGGAGAAGUCGGGUCCUCCUCACCCUCCCCCUAUCUCUCGUGUUCUCGCGGUCGAGGUCCUCUGCAUCUACGGUCGGUACGUCUGUGAACGUAUCGUCAUCUACCGCCAGUGUCACAGCGGCCAGCAGCCGUCGCGCCUUCUCUUUGCUCUCGACCUCGUCAUCACUCGCCUCCAUCAACUGCUGUCGACAUUAAAACAACCGGCAACACCAGUGCAACCCCUAAAGAACUUCUUUGACGUCGAUGAUGGCGCCAAGUUGUCGAGUGCCGUCAAUCUGAGCCAAGCCGAUGCGGCCCGAGUCAGAGCCCCAUUCUGUCUCUUUUGGCUGGCUCAGUUGAUUGUGUUACAUCCUCAAAUUCCCCUUCUUGAAGCUUUCAUUCGACUGGCUUUGCAGCUGGACCCGCAUCCGGCGAAAGCGGGAUCAACUGCCGUCACCUUGGGCUCACCGCAAACCGACCACACACGCGAGAGAGCAUCAUUCGAGUGCGCCAGCAUCACCUUCCCAUGGAUGGUAGAGCAACUACGUCGAAUGGGGCUGGGGAAAGUGGCGGAACCCUUGGCACGGCAGAUGCCCUCGCGAUUUCCUGCUUUUGACUACACUCUCAUGACUCCUCGUAGCCCGACCUCUUCCUCAUCGUCAACCCUUCGAGAACAAUGA